GCUGGCAGCCAUGGGCUGGUGGCCAGUUCUGCUUUUCGUGGCAGCCGCGUGGGCUGUGGGUGCCCAGGCUAAGGGGUGCAAUAAAGCCCUUUGUGCUAGCGAUGUCAGCAAGUGUUUGCUGCAGGAAAUGUGCCAGUGCAAAUCCAACCGUACUCGGUGCUGUCGGGAAUGUGCAUUCUGCCUGGCUAAGCUGUGGGAACCGUGCUGCGAUUGUGUAGGUCUGUGUGAUGAACGUGUCUCGUCCGCUCCCCACCCUGCCCAGCGAAGCUCCAUGCAUGACUUGGUGUCUCCGGUACCGUCCCUUUUCCGGGCGCUUCUGGCUCUCUCCAACAAUCACCCUGCUCUAGGUUGGAGCAUCAAAACUCUGCCAUUAGACGAGGAACUGCGGCAAAACCACGUGGAUACUGAACAUCUUCUGCUGGGACCACAUACAGACCUGGCACCCCCAGACGCUGACAGGAGCCCCAAUGCGACGAUGCCAGCUUGCCAGUCCAUUUACUUCAACGACUGCCUGUCCAUGAGCCGCUGCCGCGCAGCCUGCCAGUCGGUGGGCGCCUGGCGCUACCGCUGGUUUCACAGCGCCUGUUGCCAGUGCUUGGGGCCGGACUGCCAGGGCUACGGAGGUGCCCACGCCAAUUGCUCCAACUGUCAGGAUUGAGCGGAGGGGCUUUCUUCUUCCUUGGCGCGCCCAGCGUUGCGUCGCCUGCACUUUUCUACACAGCUCCUUGCGAACCGCAUGCAACUUUUAUCGCUUUCUCUUCCAAGCCCAAAUAUUUUUCAGCAGCGAGAACGAGUUUAUGGACUCUUAAGGGGCGUGGGGGACCCCAGCCCAGUUUUUCCCUCUGCAGUUGGGGGGUGUCCAUCUGUCCUGGGACCUCACCUUGGACAUUUUUCCUUC